CAGUCUCUCUCUCUCUCAAUAAUAAUCUCACAGCUCUCAGCAAAUUAGGGUUAGGGUUUCCGGAGAGUGAUAAAAGCACUAGAUCUCCAUAUUAUUAAUGGCUGUCUUCACGUUCGUGUGCCGGAGCUCCGGCAAAAACUGGAGCGCAAAACAGGUCUCUGGGGAUCUCGAAGCGUCUGCUGCGACCACAUAUGAGCUGCAGAGGAAGCUGGUCCAGUCGGCAGUCGCCACUGACUUCGCCAGCGCUGUUCAGUCCUCUUUCUCUCUCAUAACUCCGACCUCUGCUGUCUUUCAGGUAAUCAUCGGCGGAGCCACUUUCGUUGGAGGGGGUGUGGCUGCAGCAGUUCCUGCUGCAGGUGAAGCAGCAGCAACUCAGGCUGCUCCUGCAGAAGAGAAGAAGGAAGAAGUCAAAGAGGAGAGUGAUGACGAAGACUUGGGAUUCUCUCUAUUCGACUAAACAGCCCCAGCAUGAAUUUUUAUAUUGGCUUCUUGGUUUCAUUCAUCUACUUCCGUUUUGCAUUAGAGUCAUAUGCUUGAAAAUAUUCUAGGCAUCCAUCAUCAGUACAUUAAAAAUAAGGAUUUUAUUCAAUCAUUCCGAUUACUUUCACUUAUCA